UAUUAUUGUAUAUUAGGCCUGCCGUACGAAGCCGAAACUGGCAUUCUGAUCCCGCGGACAAUGAUGAGAGGCUACGGUAAAUGAAAGGUCACCAGAAAAGAUAAUUGUAGUUAGUGCCAACUGCCAAGCGAUCCCGUAACUCGUGUCUGGCCCCAAUUCUGAAUCGUCAUUUGAUAACCAGUGAUCGGUCGUUCUUAGCCAAGCCGGUUUAAAGCUGGCCGGGAUCCAGUAUGGAAAAAUUUUCCUCGUCAUCUUUGAUUACCUUAUAUCUUUUGCUGAUUGAUGUGUAUCACGUCUUAUGCCAGAACAAUGCCAAUGGGGACGUGGCGGCUGGUCCGACCAAAUUAGUGUCAUUGGAUGCAUCCUGUGGGGCAACCGCAAUUCAUGUGGAGAUCGUUUUCGAAAAACCCUUCGACGGAAUAAUAUACUCCAAAGGAGCUUUUUAUACGCCGCAGUGCGUGUACAUUUUACCCGGAUCGGGCGAAAAAGAAUAUUCCUUCGACAUUCCCAUCAAUCAGUGUGGCACAACCGAAAACAAACCUUCUCCGGAUAGUAAGAAAGGCGAAAGGUCAUUCGAAAACACUCUUGUUAUGCAGAAUGAUGCUCAUUUCCAAGACAUUUUGGAUGUUGUCAGGCGUAUCCGUUGCUCAACUGCGUCAUUAUACGAGAAAAUUGUCGAUUUUUCGCCCAUCAAUGUAAAUAUGAAAGAUGUGGUUACUGCAUCAUUUACCAGCGACGACGUCAAAGUUAGCAUUGACGUACAGAACGGACGCGGACCAUUUUCUCCAAGUCUAAACCAAGGAUUUAUACAGAUUGGCGAUACAGUGACACUGGUAGUGUACAUGACAGCAGAAUCCGGUAACUGGGACGUUCACGUCCGCGAAUGUGUCGCUAUGGACAGCCAAGAGCGUGCUUCGCUUUUACUGCAAGACAAACGCGGCUGUAUCAGCAAACCGAAAAUUAUGUCACCCUUUGCCAUUACACGCGAUAAGAAAAAUCCGAAAGUUCAAAUUGCGUAUUCCUUUAUGAAAGCUUUUCGCUUUCCGGACGACAUGCAAGUGCAGAUUAAAUGUGUUGUCGCAGUGUGUCGCGAUGAAUGCGACCGACCGGAAAGCUGCAGCGCUCCUGCUGCGAAAGGUCAACUGACCACGCCAUAUACUGCGGGGGCGUCUAACCAGACGGAUUCCGAAUAUGACACCAGCGCUGACGAUGAAUCCACGUAUCCCGUAGAGCAGACAACCCUACCAUACACCGCUGCCGGGAAAGGUUGGAAGAAGCAGCCAGCGAAAGAAACUUCCGUGCAGUUGCCGGUUUUGACCAGUACUAUGCUGAAAUCCAGGAGAAAACGUCAGGCUAAUGUAGCCGAUGGAUCAGCCGGUGUUUUACCGGUUAAACGGAUUUUUAAUGUUAUUUCCCCCGAAGAUAUCGCGAAUCUCCGCAAUUCAUCAGUGGUGUUUAUGGAUGCCAGUAUCCCUGCGAAUGCGCUAUGCGUUAAUCAAGCUAUGUUUAUUGUGCUAAUGGCGUUCUUGUUUAUUCUGAUCAUUUCCACGUCUGUGGCGCUCACAAUCACCUGUAUUAGGAAUCGGAUAUUGCGGCAGGCGGAAAAAGCGGUCCAUGUCAACUUCGACAACUAUACUGAUCAACGGUAUUAAUAGGUGAGCUAAACGGGCCAAACAAAAUCCAACGGAAUUAUCAGAGGUGAUUUGCUGUUACUUUCAUUGUUGUGUAUAGUAUAUAUGUCUGAAUGUGUAUGAAUUUGGUACAUUUUGUGAAUAUGAUACAGAGUUAUUUCUUAUUAUACAGAUAUCUUUACUACCCUUGUAUUGUAUGUGGCGGGAUGUUUUAUAAUGACAUAUUUACCACUUUUGCGAGGAUGAGCUGUCUUUUAGUGUGACUGUGUGAACGAACAUUCGCUCACCUGAUUAUUUCCUCAAUUAAA